AUAUCGUAUUUUGUAUAAACGGGUGAAACAUAUAUGGUAUUAUUUUGUAUGUUCUAUGAAAGAUAUACAAAAUAAACUGUAAAACUUCAGCCAUGGCUAUACAAAAACUCAUAGUCUUAUUAUUUGGGGUACUAUUAAUUGUAGCAACAAAGCCAACAAAAUCUGAAAAAGCCUCUAAUAAUAAUACCAUUACUAUUCCAGGCUGCCCACAAUACUGCGGCUCCGUCAAAAUCCCAUUCCCUUUCGGCACCACCAAAGGCUGUUACUACAACACUUCGUUUCGCCUCACAUGCAACCAAACUUUCAAUCCUCCCAAGCCAUUUUUCCAUGGCAGCAACGUUACGAUCCUCGAAAUAUUACUCGAACAUGGCGAAAUACGAGCGGGGAGCUAUGUAUCCCGUGACUGCUACGACAAGAGCGGUAAACUGAUGAGAAACGACAGCAUUCAAGUGUCUUAUACGAUGUCGUUAUCUCAGUUUCCGCUUAGUAAGCGAAACAAGUUCGUCGCCGUCGGAUGUAACACGCUGGGAGUCGUAGCUGGAGACAGAGGGAGACCCUACGGCACCGGAUGUGUUGCGUUGUGUAAAAGCACAAACGACGUCGUUGACGGGUCGUGCGAGGGGAUUGGAUGUUGUCAGAUGGAAAUCGCACAAGGUGUUUUGGAUUUCGGUACGGGUGUUGGGCCUGUGUUACAGACGCGAAAUCACUCUAUGGUUCAUGACUUCAAUCCAUGUGGUUAUGCUUUCGUAGCCGAAGAAAAUAGUUACAACUUCUCGCGGUUGGACCUUGUGAACUUGAAGAAUAAAGAAACAUCUCCGGUGGUUCUGGAUUGGGCUGUUGGGAACUUGACAUGUGAACGGGCCAAAGCUAGAAGUAAUCUUGGUAUGGAAUAUGCUUGUCGAGCACAAAAUAGUCAAUGCUUGAAUUCAACUAAUGGACCUGGUUAUCGUUGCAAAUGUUUAAAAGGGUUUGAAGGAAAUCCUUAUCUACUUGAUGGUUGCCAAGAUAUAAAUGAAUGUGUGAGAUCAAAUCCAUGCCAUAUAAGUUGCCACAACAUGAUAGGGGGGUUUAAGUGCUCUUGUCGAAAAGGGUUCAGAGGAGAUGGGAAGAAAGGUGGAACAGGUUGCACUCGAAUUGAUUAUCUUAAUAAUUUCCAAUUUGUGGCAAAACUUUCUAUUGGUUUGGGAAUUUGCACAGGUUUUCUGAUUCUGGUCGUGGGCAGUUCAUGGAUUUAUUGGGGAGCGAAAAAGAGAAGGCUCGUCAAACUAAAAUAUAAAUUCUUUCAACAAAAUGGGGGGCUACUAUUACGACAACAACUUCAAUCUCACCACAUAGAGACAGUCCAAAUUUAUACAGCUGAUGAACUAGAGAAGGCCACCCAAAACUAUGACCAAAGUAGAGUUAUUGGCCAAGGAGGUUAUGGAACAGUUUACAAAGGAAUACUACCAGGUAACAAAAUUGUUGCAAUCAAGAAGUCCAAAAUCAGUAAUACCAGCCAAAUUGACCAAUUCAUUAAUGAAGUCAUUGUGCUCUCUCAAAUUAAUCAUCGAAAUGUGGUCAAACUAUUAGGAUGCUGUUUGGAGUCAGAAGUUCCUUUGUUGGUUUACGAGUAUAUUACAAAUGGUACUCUUUCUGAUCACCUAUGUGCUAAGUUAGAUCAAUAUUGUCCACUUUCAUGGAAGAUGCGUCUUAAGAUAGCUACAGAAACUGCUGGUGCAAUUGCAUAUUUUCACUCUUCGAUUUCCAUGUCAAUCAUACAUAGAGAUAUCAAAACUGCAAAUAUUUUAUUAGACGACAAUUACAUAGCCAAGGUUUCUGAUUUUGGAGCAUCGAGACUAGUUCCUCUUGAUCAAACUCAAUUAACUACUCUAGUACAAGGCACACUGGGAUAUUUGGAUCCAGAGUACUUUCACACUAGUCAAUUGACCGAAAAGAGUGAUGUUUAUAGUUUUGGAGUGGUCUUGGCAGAACUAUUAACGGGAGAAAAGGCACUUUCUUUUGAAAGGCCAGAAAAAGAUAUGAAUCUUGCAUUAUACUUCAUUUCUUCAAUGAAAGAGGAUCGGUUACUCCAAAUUCUCGACAAGAAUAAUAUGACUAUCGUUGAUGAAGAUAUUCAAGCAAUAAAAGUAGUUGCUAAUCUUGCGAAAUGGUGUCUAAGAGUAAGGGGUGAGGAAAGGCCUACCAUGAAGGAAGUUGCAAGUGAGCUGGAAGGACUUAUACAUAAGGAAAUGCAUUCAUGGGGACAUGCUAAUCAAGAAGGUUUGAAUCAACACGAGACUGAAUACUUGCUUGAAUCUUCAUAUCUUCAUGGUCAUGGCAGCUGCAACGAUACAAAUGCUAGGUUUAAUAGCAUGAACAACGACAACUUGCAGUCAUAUCGUUGUGGAAGAUAAUAAUUAAAAUUACUGUACGAUGAACAUUGUUAUAUAUGUUGUAGAUUAUUAAUUUUAUUUUUAUGUAAUGAUUUUAUGUUGAUGAAUUAUUAUAUGUCUUAUAUAUUUAUAGGAAAUUUUUGGUUUUAAA